AUGUCGGCGUACACUUUCGGAGCUGCCCUAGAGCUCACCAGCUCCCCGAAAUUGACAUCUCCACCUGCUGUGAAAAAGAAGGAGUCAGCAGGACCUCAGUCAGCCAUCGAGCUCCAAGAUUACAUUCAGCAAGUGCAGGUUCAGCACUCGCAGCAUUCAAAUGGCAGCACAGCUGCAGCACUGCAUGCGUCUGGAAAGGUACCAACGACGACGACAAAGACACCCAAUGAGCUUGAGAUGAGUCGAGCAUCAUCGCCGAGUCAAGCCACUGAGGUGGUGCCGAGCUGGGGAUUUCCAUCUAUGAACAAGUAUCGCGUUCUCGCGGCUUGUGCAGUAUACUUUGCCAAUGGCCUGAAUGAUGCUUGUAAGCCGGUUUAUAUGCCAAGGUCAUCCCAAGGCAACCGAGUGUUCUGUGCUGACACAAGGAUUAGCNNUGCUGGUGCCUUGAUCCCAUACAUGGAGAAACAAUACGAUAUUGGCUAUGCGAUUGUUUCGCUGAUCUUCAUUACGAAUGCCAUUGGCUUCAUCACUGCUGCAUUCUUUACCGAUUUCACGUUAGAGAAACUGGGUAGAGCAAGAGCUUGCAUGUUCUCUGAGGCCGUGCUCAUAGUUGGCUACGUGAUUAUUGCUUGCACGCCUCCCUUUCCAGUGGUUGUCAUUGCGUAA